UUAUGUCAUGGGUUAAUAUCCUUUUGAUUUAAAGAUUAUAUUGCAUUGUUCAAUAAUCAAAAUCAUUAUGAAGUACAAGCAGUCAGUGCUUUAUUUUGCUCAGUCAUGCUCUGUUCUCGAGGAUUUGUUUUGGAAUCGCUUUCCCUUGGAUAUUUGUCCCUCGGAUAUUAGUCCCUGGGAAGUUUGUCCCCUGGAUUUUGAUAUUCCUCGGAUACCUGGAAUCCCUAAAAGCGCGUGCAGGAGGAUCCGUGGCCCCGAAGGACACUUUCCUGACAUGUGGCGUCGGUGCGUCCCUCUCCCUCGUUCCUCCUUGCGCCCUGACCGCUAACACAGCACCACGUUCCUCCAGACUCCCGCAAAGAAGAAGCCAGCAAAGAAGAAGCGUGCGUGGCCGUGGGCGUUUCUGGGGCUGCGGGGGGGCGGGGGGCGGGGGGCGACCCGGGCGGCACCCCCGGGUCCUGGCUCGUCUCGCAUCGGGUCCUCGCGGAUGUCGUCCAGGGCCUCCUCCCGCGCCUCCUCCCGCAGUUCCCACCGCCCGCGACGUCCCAGUGUGCGAGCCUCCAAGAUCCGCCGUGAAGGCCAACCGCUGUGGUUCAACCGCGAGCGCGACGAGGAGGCGGCGGGUCCAGCCGCGCCGCCGCAGUGGGAGAGCUCGACGCUCAACCGCGCGGAGCUGCGCGCCAAGAAGGACGCUCGCCAGGGGGACAAUAGCGGCUUCUCGACAGUGCAGCGCCCAAACCCGGCGCGCAAGUACUCGGCAGAGUCCUCGGCGUCCUCGGAGGCGCCCCGCCCCGGGCCACGGCGUCGGCGCGGGCCCAGCGUGCCUGACUACCGCAGCCUCCCCAACCGGUCGUCGCGGUCCGCCCACCGGAACGCGGGCAAGGGCAAGAGGGCCACGAGCGGGCCCCGGGGCGUGUCGCCGCCCUCGGGGGUCGCGGGGUCGGCCGGCAGCUCCCUGCAGAGCAGCGAGAGCGAAGUGGACAGCCACGGCGGCUCGCACGCGUCCCGCGCGUCCAAGGCCUCGCGCGUGUCCACGGGCUCCAACCGGUCCGUGUACCUGCACGCCACGGCCGUCGCCGACAUCCCGGUGCGGCGCGCGUCCCGAGGAGGUGCCGAGCGAGCGGGCGUCAACCGCCAGACCAAGAAGGUGUCGCGCUCCUUCUCGCUGCUGGCCCCCUGGAAGCCAAGGCACUACCGCGAGAAGUACGAGGUGGAGUACGACAACCGCGAGGCGCGCGAGGCCCGCGGCGAGGCCAACAACAGCAAGGCGCGCUGCCCCCCCGGCCGCCGCGGCGCCCGCCAACGAGGCCCCCGACAGCGAAGAAGUCAACACGGUCCCAGAGCAUGUACAAGGACUCCCGCCUGGCCGGCUGGCUCAGGCGCCGCAGGAACAAGGAGGCCAAGGGCAUCUGACGUCAGCCGACCCUCGAGGAGGACUCGGAGUACCUUUGAGCCGCCGCGCGCCGCAGCCUCCACAGCAUUCCUCGGGCGUCUCGGCUGGGCCGUCGGUCGCGGGGCUGCCGACUGCUGCGGCCCCGUCGGUGCCGCCGGUCCUCACGUCACCAGACUUUUGACUUCCAAGUCGCAUGCCAUAACUCUCAGCCAUGUCUCUGUCCUGUUAUAUAACUACUGCGAGUUAUACUACAGGAUUCAAAAGGUUUGCUCUCGAGACGCGGUCCAUUAG